UCUGACAACCUUGCCUUCUUUUUUUCCAUCUCUGUGCCCGUUGGUCCAAUUUAUCAAUGUCUCUGCUGAUGUAAUCCUGUCUUCUUCUGAGAUGAAUGAGGAUUAUCCAAAUCUUCAAGUUCUGAUUCCUUCACCUCCAGUUUAUGUCUCUCCUCUUGCAUUUUACUGUUGGAAGCAAGGAGACAGCACCUCACAUGAUGGAAGCAGGUGCGUGGCCUUUCUGGCUGGCAAACUCCACGAUGCCUAGAGUGGAAGACUCUUCUCACUGCCCCUCCAUCUCAGAGCUCAUGAUGGGAGGCUACCAUGAUAGCAGAGGGCCGAUUACAGACACCUUCACAGCAAAGUGCAUGUGUACGUGCAUGUGUGUAUGUUCAGACAGUGGCAUAGGAUUGAUUGCCUCCCAGUGACACAGAAGUGCAAGCCUCUAAGGCCCUUCUCUCUCCAGAGACGGGAGUCUCCCUGUGAUAUAGACGGGACACUGCCUGGGAAGGAGCUCCAGCAAUGUGUGAGGAGUGAACUCGCCAACCUCCAUCCAUCUGCAGGGUGAUUGAGCCAAGAGAUCACAGCUUAUAGGCUGCCCACACGCAGAUUCCCCGCUGCCUGUCCCAGAACUCUGAUCAAGACUGAACUUUUCAUCACAGCCUCCAACAGCUUCUGGAUUGACAUUCUUCCUGGAAGGUAGGGCUGUUUUUCUCAUGUGUGGAAAAAAAUAAAGGAAGUUUAUUUUAAAAGUCCAGGCCAUCCAGAGCUGGUUCCCUUUAGCAGCGAACAGGAUGAGGUUUUCAUGUGUCCCAACAUCCACUAUAUUUUUAGUCAUGGAAAAUUGACUCUCUCCUUCUCUUUGCAGACAUAAAUCCCCUCAUUGGCAUCUUGGUUCACAGAAAUGUGAAAAGAGAGUUUCAGUAUGGACUCACCUGGGAAAAUGUGGGUUAUUCUUGGAGCAGAAAUAUCCCAGGACAAAAUCGUGGUGAUGUAGAGUUACAUCGGGCCAAGUGGGCCCCCCACGCACUGUGUUUCUUGUAGACCCAGCAGCCCCAAGCUUUCCCUCUUCACAGUUUGGGGGAGGAAACCUAGCAGCUAAACCAAAGUCAAUUCUGUACCACACAAUUCAGGGUUUUACUUUACCACCAAACCACGUGGUCACAGGGACAUAUGGUAAACACAGUGACUACUUCCUUUGUUUCAAUUAGUUUCCUUCCUUUGUUUCAAUUCUGGAAGGAGGAUUGAGCUCACCCAAAACACAGCAGUUUCACUCAACCAGAGUUCAAACUGCAGCUGAUGAUUGCCAUGGAUACUGAGGAAAAUAAACAACUUAUUCUCCUUAAAGUGGAUUAUAUGACGAUUGCCUAAGAUCAGCUAUAAUGGCCGAGGGCUCUUAGAAAUACAGUUAUAUUUUCUGGUCAGGAUAUUGAAGAGAAUUUUCAUUGGAUAUUUUUGUUUUUUUAUUGUAAGAAACCUGUUUAGGUUUGACCCACAGGUCAUCCAUCUGCCCAGUCAUUUGGAAACGCUAGGACCGAGCAUUCAGAGGGACGGAUGUUCCUAACUGCACUUCCUAAUCUCUGCAGGCUCAUAGCAUAAAGGACAUGGAUGCAUUUUACACCAUUUACUCUAUGAAAUGUCAGUGGAUUGCAUUAGAUGACUGAAUUCAGAUGCUCUUGUAGUGAAAGCGUAUUAAAGUGUGUGGACUUAGGACCCACUGGGGAGAGACUGUGCUUGUUGGGGACUGUGAAUUAGACUUUCCUAGACAGCAAUGUUCAUGAAGACAGUAGACCUAUGACUCAAAUAGGGAGAUCACAGAAGUUUUGCUUAAUGCUAUUAUCAGGUCAGUAAUUAUUUGCUUCAUAGAAACACAAUGAAUAUGAAUGAUAACCAUGUCUCACUGCUCCUGUAUAAAAAUUCUGUGUGUCUCCAACUCUGUGUACCUUCUCUCAGACCCUUGCUCACUACAUGGAUCUUUCAACUUAUCUGUUACAUAUAUUGUCUAGCACAUGCCUAUCUAUAUAAACCAAUCACCUUUUCAAUUUCUCUGCUUUUUCACAGUGUGUGCAUUGAUGGCCUGUGUAUUUUAAUCCUCAGGUGGUUUGGUAUAUAAAUCUCAAAUCUGGUUCAGUAUAUGAUUCUAAUGUCUCUCCUGUGUUUGUAUAUUUCCUUUCAAUGCAUUUAGUAUUUUCAUGACGGAAUAUAUUUGUCUUUCUUUCCGGAUAACAAGUCAACCUAUUAUAUUUGUUAGUUUGCAUAAUUUUAUCUUUGUCUGUUGUUUUUCUAAUUCCAGUGUCCAAAUGCUCAUUUCACUCACUUUGUUAUUUUUCCAGUGGUUAUGAGACCUGAUUUUCUUCCCGCAGGAAUAAAACAGGAAUGACAAAGAAAGGUGACUCUCAGGUAGGGAGGAAUGAGAGGGACAAAUUCUAGCAACCUGGCAGGGUUUAUCUUGCUGGGCUUCUCUGAGCAGCCCGGGCUGGAGAAGGUCCUCCUUGUGGCCAUCUCCAUCAUAUAUGUACUGACGCUGGUGGGGAACACAGCCAUCAUCCUGGUCUCCUUCUUGAACCCCAAGCUGCACACGCCCAUGUACUUCUUCCUGUCGAAUCUGUCCUUCCUGGACCUCUGCUUCACGACGAGCAUUGUCCCACAGAUGCUGGUGCAUCUCAGGGGCCCCGGGAAGACCAUCAGCUACACGGGCUGUGUGCUCCAGCUCUACGUGGCGCUGGGGCUGGGCUCCACUGAGUGCAUCCUUCUGACGGUGAUGGCUUACGACCGCUUCAAUGCCAUCUGCCGCCCCCUGCACUACGGCGUCAUCAUGCACCCCAGGCUGCUCCGGCAGCUUGCAGCUGUGGCCUGGAGCAGUGGUUUUGUGGAGUCCACGCUUCAGACCAUCCUCGUCUUCCAGCUGCCUCUCUGCAACCACCACAGGGUGGAUGAUUUCAUGUGUGAGGAGCCCGCCCUGAUUAAAAUUGCCUGUGUGAACACCACCUUCCUGGAGGACGAGCUCUCCAUAGCCAUCGUCCUCUAUGUGGUCAUACCGCUGGGGCUGAUUCUGGUCUCCUAUGGCUGCAUCGCCAGGAGCGUGCUGAGAAUCAGGUCCACAGAAGGCAGGAGGAAAGCGUUUGGGACCUGCGGGUCCCACCUGCUGGUUGUGGUUUUGUUCUUCGGGACUAUAAUUUCUGUCUACAUCCAACCCAAGAGCGAGUACACGCAGAACCACAGUAAAUUCCUCACCCUCUUCUAUACUGUAGUGACGCCCUCGCUUAAUCCUCUCAUCUACACGCUGAGAAACAAGGAGGUUAAGUGGGCUCUGAGGAGACUUCUGUGGAGGGACCCACAUCAGGGAGAACCGUGACACGUACUCAGCCAUUCCCCAGGUGCCGAGGACUUACACAUCCCGCGUCUAAGGGUCACAGCUUCGGCUCCACAGUACAACAGGUGUGACAUUUCCUUUCAAUGGCAUCCUGAAGUUACUAUCCUAAGCCCUUCUUUUCAUCCUCCUUUCCCAAACUGUUAUGUGUCUUUUUCUGGCUAAUUUGUAAAGAUUCUGUGUAUACAUGAACACAUUUAGAGGCAGGAGUAUGUGCACAUGAAUCAUACUUCCAGGAAUCCCGGAGUUAUUGCUCUGGUAACGAACUAUCGCCAUGAGCAGACAGAAGCCAGCUCCAGCUCGUGCUGGUCAUGGCUGCCAGGUGGGUCUAGCUGAGGUCAGGGCUCUGCAGCAGGGGCUGCGUCUGCAGCUCGCCGGCCGGUUAGGGCCCUGCACACCCACAGCUACCUGACGGUUUGUCUUAUCAGGGGUUGUUGAUUCUCACAUAUUCAGCGGGGCGUCUGGGAUUCCGUGCACCCGGGACCAUUCUGAUCUCUCCCAGCCACAGAGAAAGUCUCCAAGGAGAACGACCAACGUGACUGUUUCUCUACUACACGUCUCUUGUUACCACAGAGCAGCCCCAAAUCUCUUGAUUGACCCCUUAGUGCUAUACAGUGCUAUACCUGAAUUGAGGUCAAAUAAACACAAUUUGAAAUAUUGUCAUUAAGUGUGAAUAUUUAAAUCUCCCCAAAGUAAGCAGAUUUAUUUAUAAAUAAAAGUGUUUGUCUUUGCCAUUAUAACAUUCCCUUUCACAGAUAUUGUAAUUUCAUAGAAUUUAUAAAUUUUUUUUCUUCAUAUUGAAUAUGAAGUUUUUAUCUAUUCUAAUAACACAGCUGAAAAUCUGGGUAAAUUUUAAAGUGUGAAAAUAUUGGCCAUGCUUUCCCUAUAUUCAUAAUAGUUAUCGAUUUAUAAAAUAUUAUCAAAAUCCUUAUUGGCUUUAAUUCUAGAGACUACUUCAACAUACUUACAAUGUGUUAUUGUUUUAUAAAUGUGGUCUUAAAAAUAAAUGCUUUUAACAGAGAUUAAUCCUAAGUAAUUAUUUUAAUACAGAUAAGUAACUCUAGCUGAAUAUAGUAAGUUGAAUGGAAUGAUUUAAAAAAAAAUGACCUCAUUGGAGGAGAAAAAACAUGAUCUACUAAGAAGACAUUGAUAAGGUGCCUUAGGUGUUGUUUAUACAAACUGGUACUUCUAUUUCUCUGAUUUGAUUGACAUUUGAUGGAAAUUGGAUUAAUUGUGGUCAGAUUUAAAUAAAAUAUUUUUAUAGAUGGAUUAGGACAGCCAAAUACCUAAUCAGCAGUAUGAUUACCCAAAUCAUUUAAAAUUUUAUAAUUUCAAAUAGACAAUAAAUGAAAGCACUAAUAAAAAUGGUAUACUUACGUCCCCAAUAAGAUUAAAAAAUUUAAUAUUUUCUAUAUAUUUUCUACAUUUUUAGCAGUCAUACCUAGAGGUAUUCAUGAUUAUCAG